AUGGCCUCACAGAGAAAGUUCAACUUCGAGCCACAAAAUAUCUUCGCUGCCGUAUCCCAGCUCGGAAUGUUCGGAAACUGCCCAUUCUUAGACGGAGAAUUCCACGGAGGUGAGUGUCGCGUUUUCAAACUCAGCUUUAAAGACGAGGCAAGCGUGGCCGUUCGUGUGCUGCACCCCAACGAUGACAUCAGUCAUGACAACACGCUAGCCACAGUCCAAAUCGAAGUGCGUGUUCUUAAAGAACUCGAAGCAAAAGGCUUCCCCUGGGCUCCGAGAUUCCUUGGGGCUAGCGUGACUUUUGACAAUCCCGUCAAGCACCCUUUCAUCUUGUUGGCCUGGGCGGAAGGACUUCCCUUGAGUUGGGACGAAAAUUCGCCACCGCAGCCACUUCGAGAUUUUCUACUUGGCCAAAUGGCUUCAAUACAGCUGUCCUUAAUACAGUGCACGCUCCGAAAUGGUUCUACCACUGCGAUGACUUACUUUGAACAACGUAUGCGCAACAGGCUUAGGCGUGUUCGAGAGGGAACUAUUCCUGGGCUCACCGAGAAGGACUGCCUCGACCAGCAAGCUCUGCUUGACCAAGUACUCGGUACAGAUCGAAAUAGCACCGUCUUCGCCAUGGAUCACGGCGAUAUCAAGCCAGGAAAUAUUAUCGUCGACAAGAAUUACAAUAUCAGAUGUGUCAUCGACUGGGGUUUUGCAGCGUUGGUUCCAAUUGCCAUAGCUGCUGGUCUUUCUCGCUUUCUAUGGGCCACCCAUUCGGCUAAUUUUGCUCCGAGCCCAACGAUCCUCGAAGACAGACAGGCUUACACACGGUCUCUUUCUUCGCAUACUUCACCGGCGGCCUUAUCCAUGCUGCGUUGGCAAACCGCUAAGGAGGUGGACUUUCGCACGCUCUAUUUGGAGUCUAUCUCCAGCAAAGGAAUGCACAUUUCUAUGGCGCGCGUCGGGUGGAAGGUUGACUGUGUGUUUCUUGGGCUCGACGAAGAGCAAAGGGUCGCUGAUGCUCAAGGAUCUUGA